AUGCAGAAUGAGUUCCCACCACUCGCGGCCGCCGCGAACGCUACCACUGAACAAUUGUCACGAUGGGAGCGAUUCUCCAGUCGCUUUCACAUGCGACCUCCAGAGGACGAUGAGCCCCAGUCGUGGUGGAUUGCCUCGACUGCUAUUCCUCUCGUAGCUGCGGCUGCCGGGCCGCUUGCUAAUGUCAUGUCCAUCGUGGCACUUGUCAUGCCUUGGAGGAACACGAUUAUUUCCAGAGAGACAGGACCCGCCGGCACCUGGGUUGAGGAGGGAUAUAAUGAUCCCCACUGGGUCACUGCAAUGAAUGCCGUGUCGCUUUUCUGCGGUGUCGUUGGUAAUAUUUUCUUGCUGCUCAAUUUCACUCAAACCGUUCGCUAUAUAAUUGCAUUGCCCGUAACGAUCGUUACCUGGUUCCUUGCAACAGGCAUUCUCUGCGGACUUACAGCAUCCCUGUCUAUCUACAGCCCCCCGAUUCCACCAAAUGAAGUCUAUUCGCAAGCAUAUUGGAGUGCUGUCAUUGCUGCAAUACUAUAUUUUAUCCUGGGAUCUCUCUUGAUGAUUAACAUGCUAGGCUACUUCCUUGGAAAGUAUCCCCAGCACUUCUCCCUCACUGAUGACCAGCGGACCCUCAUUCUACAGAUGACUGGAUUUGUGGUCUGGCUUCUCAUCGGUGCGGCCAUAUUUCAACGAGUGUUGGAAAUCUCAUUUGCCGACGCGCUGUAUUUCUGCGAUAUCACCGUUUUGACCUUGGGCUUUGGUGAUGUGACCCCACAGUCUGCGGUGGGAAGAGGUCUGAUCUGGCCGUAUGCGGUUAUUGGAAUCAUCAUGCUUGGUUUGGUAGUCGGCAGUAUCCAUCAAUUUGCUCGGGAAGUUCAUUAUGACAACGUCGUGCGCAAGCAUAUUGAACAUAAGCGACAGACCACAUUCAACAGAACUGUCACGUUCGAACAGCUUCGCGAUGCUCGUGAGCCUCUAGAAAAGGACAUUGUUAUCCCGAAGCAUGCGAGCCACCGAUCCAAGGCUCAUCACAAUCGACAUCACCCGCAUCAUAGACACAGACCGAUCCACAAUACCAUCAAUUCCCUGGCUUCCGGUCGCCGUCCCAGAUUACUCGUCAUGAGGGAGGAGAAAGAUCGAUUUGACGCAAUGCGUGCGAUUCAAUACGAGACCAUGCGUUUCCGCCGCUGGAACGACUUGAUUAUCAGCAUAGUUGUAUACGCGAUCGUGUGGACGGGUGGUGCAGUUGUCUUCUGGAGACUCGAAGACAUAUCCUAUUUUGAUGGCUUGUAUUUUUGCUUCUGCUCGCUGAUCACCAUCGGCUACGGAGAUAUCACGCCGCAAUCAAAUGCCGGACGACCUUUCUUCGUCAUGUGGUCUCUGAUCGCUAUUCCGACGAUGACCAUGCUCAUCUCACAGAUGAGCGAUACCGUUGUUGCAGGAUACAAGCAUUCGACUGAGAAAUUCAGCGAUUAUUUCGUCAUGCCUCGCCAAGGAGCAUACAAAGGGAUCCUUGCUCGUGUUCCGAUUCUUCGACAGUGGAUACAGAUACAUCAGGAAAAGCAGCGGUUGAGACGCGGCUUCGAGGUCGGUACGGAGGCUGACGAGGCAGCCGAAACGGAGGAUAGAGCUUCGGUAGCCUCAAAUACCCAAGAAAGGGCGCCAGUCGUGCCGCUUCGUCAUCGAUCAGGCGAUGGUCAUCCGCUACGAACUAUUGAGGAGCUCGCUCGCGAUGCCAAUCCAUCUCCAUUCGAACUCGCGCAGCAACUUGCUUUUGCUAUCCGUCGCACUACACACGAUGCCCGAGAAGGAAAGCGAAAAAGGUACACCUAUGAGGAAUGGGUCGAAUUUACUCGCCUCAUUCAGUUUACCGACCCGAAUUCACGACCGAGCUCGGCUGUGGAUCGUAAUCACCCUUUCCACAGCGGUACUAGCGUCGAUGAAGAUGAAUACGGCGUCUUGAAUUGGGACUGGAUCGGUGAGAAUAGUCCCAUGUUGGCGCACCAGUCAGAACCAGAAUGGAUUCUGGAUAGACUCUGUGAGAGCUUGGUCCGGUAUGUGUCGACGCAGGAGCAGGCCCGGGCUGUAUCACGAGGUCAAAACGACGAUGCAGUAGAAGAGCCUACCUUGAAGAAGGAGAGGGAUUUGGGAAUUGAAGAGGCCUGA